UGUGCUUAAUGGUGUUGAAGGAAUAUUUAGUGCAAGAGUCCCCUCUCUCAUUCCAUUGGAUGUUUGCCUUUUGUGGAUUGACGGAGUAUGCAGUUGCAAAGGAGAGUUUGACUGUUUCAAGGCCAGAAGAAGUAUCAGCUGCUGAAGGUGCAGGCCUUCCAAUUACUGCUCUUACAGCACACAAGGCCCUUGUUGAUGUUGCUGGAAUCAAGCUAGACGGAAGUGGACCGCGUAUGAACAUUCUUGUCAUUGCUGCCUCAGGUGGUGUUGGACAUUAUGCUGUUCAAUUGGCAAAGUUGGGUAAUGCUCACGUUACAGGGACAUGUGGAGCUCGUAACAUUGAAUUCUUAAAGAGCUUCGGAGCAGAUGAGGUUCUUGACUAUAAAACGCCUGAAGGAGCAACUCUAAAGAGUCCAUCAGGACAAAAGUAUGAUGCAGUCGUUCACUGUGCUAGAGGCAUUCGCUGGUCAACAUUUGAGCCUAAUUUGAGUAACACGGGUAAGGUAAUUGAUCUGACUCCUGGGCCUAGUUCAAUGUGCACCUAUGGUUGGAAGAAACUCACAUUCUCCAAAAAGCAGUUGUUGCCGUUGAUUUUGAUGCCUAAAGAAGAUAAGGAAUUGAAAUUGCUUAUUAAGUUGGUGAAGGAAGGGAAGUUAAAGACUAUGUUUGACUCUAAGCAUCCUCUAAGCAAGGCUCAAGAUGCUUGGGCCAAGAGCCUUGAUGGACAUGCCACAGGAAAGAUCAUUGUGGAGAUACAAAAGUUAUUAUUUUCGUAUUGAUGUACAUGUGAAAAUACCGGUGUCUCACUAAGCGUUGAGAGUCGCAAGGUAUUAUGCUUAUGGAUAUAGAUCGAUCAAUCUUGCCCUAUACAAAUGAUCAAUCAGAAUUUAUCGAGAUUGGACAUCUCGGUAAUGAUUAUUUGUAAUGUAUGUAUGUCAUGUAAUAUUUUUUGUACCUUUCCCUUUAGAGCCAAUGGUAAAGUUGUAACUUUUCGUUACAAAAUU